AUGUCGACAGCCUCCCUCCGUAUCCCAGACACUCCACCCACCAAACAGACCCCCUCCCCACAUCCCACACACUCUACCCACCAGACCCCCCACAUCCCACACACUCUACCCACCAGACCCCCCACAUCCCACACACUCUACCCACCAGACCCCCCACAUCCCAGACACUCUACCCACCAGACAGACCUCCCCCACAUCCCAGACACUCUACCCACUAGACCCCCCUACAUCCCAGACACCCUACCCACUAGACUCCCCCCACAUCCCAGACACUCUACCCACCAGACAGCCUCCCUCCGUAUCCCAGACACUCCACCCACCAGACAGACCCCCUCCCCACAUCCCAGACACUCCACCCACCAGACAGACCCCCAUCCCCCACAUCCCAGACACUCUACCCACCAGACCCCCCCACACAUCCCAGACACUCUACCCACCAGACCCCCACAUCCCAGACACUCUACCCACCAGACAGACCCCCCUCCCCACAUAUCCCUGACACUCUACCCACCAGAUCCCCCCACACAUCCCAGACACUCUACCCACCAGACAGACCUCCUCCACAUCCCAGACACUCCACCAACCAGAUCCCCCCACAUCCCAGACACUCUACCCACCAGACCUCCCCCCACAUCCCAGACACUCUACCCACCAGACAGACCCCCUCCCCACAUCCCAGACACUCUACCCACCAGACAGACCCCCCACAUCCCAGACACUCUACCCACCAGACCCCCCACAUCCCAGACACUCUACCCACCAGACCCCCCACAUCCCAGACACUCUACCCACCAGACAGACCUCCCCCACAUCCCAGACACUCCACCCACCAGACAGAACCCCUCCCCACAUCCCAGACACUCUACCCACCAGACAGCCUCCCUCCAUAUCCCAGAUACUCCACCCACCAGACAGACCCCCUCCCCACAUCCCAGACACUCCACCCACCAGACAGACCCCCACCCCCCACAUCCCAGACACUCUACCCACCAGACCCCCCACAUCCCAGACACUCUACCCACCAGACCCCACCCCCACAUCCCAGACACUCUACCCACCAGACAGACCCCCCACACACAUCCCAGACACUCUACCCACCAGACCCCCACACAUCCCAGACACUCUACCCACCAGACAGACCCCCCGCAUCCCAGACACUCCACCCACCAGACAGACCCCCUCCCCACAUCCCAGACACUCUACCCACCAGACCCCCCACACAUCCCAGACACUCUACCCACCAGACAGAACCCCCCACAUCCCAGACACUCUACCCACCAGACAGACCCCCCCCACAUCCCAGACACUCUACCCACCAGACCCCCCACAUCCCAGACACUCUACCCACCAGACAGAUCCCCCCGCAUCCCAGACACUCCACCCACCAGACAGACCCCCUCCCCACAUCCCAGACACUCUACCCACCAGACCCCCCCACACAUCCCAGACACUCUACCCACCACCAGACAGACCCCCCACACAUCCCAGACACUCUACCCACCAGACCCCCCACAUCCCAGACACUCUACCCACCAGACAGACCCCCCACACAUCCCAGACACUCUACCCACCAGACCCCCACACAUCCCAGACACUCUACCAACCAGACCGAACCCCCCGCAUCCCAGACACUCCACCCUCCAGACAGACUCCCCCCACAUCCCAGACACUCUACCCACCAGACUCCCCCACACAUCCCAGACACUCUACCCACCAGACAGACCCCCCACAUCCCAGACACUCUACCCACCAGACAGACCUCCCCCACAUCCCAGAAACUCUACCCACCAGACAGACCUCCCCCACAUCCCAGACACUCUACCCACUAGACCCCCUACAUCCCAGACACUCUACCCACUAGACCCCCCACAUCCCAGACACUCUACCCACCAGACAGCCUCCCUCCGUAUCUCAGACACUCCACCCACCAGACAGACCCCCUCCCCACAUCCCAGACACUCCACCCACCAGACAGACCCCCAUCCCCCACAUCCCAGACACUCUACCCACCAGACCCCCCACACACAUCCCAGACACUCUACCCACCAGACCCCCCACAUCCCAGACACUCUACCCACCAGACCCCCCCCCACAUCCCAGACACUCUACCCACCAGACAGACCCCCUCCCCACAUCCCAGACACUCUACCCACCAGACCCCCUCCCCACAUCCCAGACACUCUACCCACCAGACAGACCGAACACAUUUUGAGCAGGAUUAGAUUGUUUGGGUUUAUAUGA